AUGGACACCGUGAGGACACGCAGUUUUAGCAAUGAUGAGGAUGAAGAGGUGAUCUCCACAGACACCGAAAGCAAAGAGAGGAUCAAAGAUAAAAAGACACUUUGCAAAGUGAAGUGGUCCCGAGAUGAGGAUGAAAAGCUGAAAAAACUGGUUGAGCAGCAUGGAGCUGAGUCCUGGAAAUUAAUAGCCAACUUUUUUCAAGGGAGGACAGAUGGCCAGUGUCAGCACCGCUGGCAGAAGGUGCUCAACCCAGAGCUGGUGAAAGGACCCUGGACAAAAGAGGAGGAUCAAAAGGUUGUUGACCUGGUACACAAAUAUGGCCCCAAGCGUUGGUCAGUGAUCGCAAAGCACCUCCAGGGGAGGAUUGGAAAGCAGUGUCGUGAACGGUGGCACAAUCACCUCAACCCAGAGGUGAAGAAGUCGUCAUGGACUCAGGAAGAGGAUCGAAUCAUUUAUGAAGCCCAUAAACGUCUUGGCAACCGCUGGGCAGAGAUCUCCAAGCUUCUUCCUGGACGGACAGACAACUCCAUCAAGAACCACUGGAACUCCACCAUGAGGAGGAAGGUGGAGCACGAGGGCUACCUGCAAGAUAACAGCAAGACCCUGUCCUCCUCUCACGGUGGAGGGAAGAGACGCCACCACAGGCUGUGUCCCCCGACUCCAGCAGAGCCUCAGAGCUGUGAUCACAGUCCCCUGUCGAUACCAGGACCCAACCAGAUGGGGGGUUAUACGUGUGACCCUCACAGUGGACACAUGAUGGAUAGUCUUCCUGAAAAUUCAGGCUUCAUUCAGCCGUCGUGCCUGGACGAUCCUGACAGAGAGCAAAGAAUUAAGGAGCUUGAGCUGCUGCUUAUGUCAGCAGAGAGUGAAGUCCAGCGACAAGUGCAGUGCAGAGGUCCAUGUAGCUUGGAGCAGUACUCCAUCUGGUCAGACGGUUUGUCCGAUGACACGUUGACCACAAGUGGCAGCAGCUUGGAGGAGCAGGCAGAGAGAAAACCCUGGAGGGACACUGACAUUCCCCAGGCUCCUGCAGCACAGCUUCCAAUCUCUCCUAGUAAGUUCCUGGCAUUGGAGGCCAGCACCGUGCUCUCCAGCCUGCAGACCAUACCGGAGUUUGCAGAAACCAUGGAGCUCAUUGACUCCAUGUGUUUUGCUCUGCAGGACCCGGGUGCGUGGAGUGACGUGGCCAGUUUUGACCUUUCAGACACAGCGACACCGCCCAGGCACAAUCUGGCAGGCUACACCACCCUCCUGCAAGAGAGGACCAUGGAUAAUUCAAUGGAUUACACUCUCAACACUCCCAUUGCCGUAUCAGGCCGAGACAAGAACUGUGCUUCCUUUGGUCUUGGGAGUGUCACUUCUCUGACUCCCAUCAACUCGUCCAAACCUUCCCAAGCAUCCACAGGCCGGAGGAGGAGGAGAGAGAGGGGAGAACCAUCUCCUUUACGCGAAAGGACCUGCUCGUCUUUCUUGGAAAAUAACUCAAAUUCUCCAAAGAAAACGCCAACAAAGUCACUGCCAUUUACCCCAUCACGGUUCUGCAACAUAUCAGGGGCGGAACAUCUGAGUCUGGAUAACCCUGCCCUCACCUCAACUCCUGUGUGCGGCCAAAGGUGUCUCCUGUACACGCCGCACCACAAAGAAACCACACCGAAGCACCAGAAGGAGAAUGAUGGUUCGCGGACACCCAAAUUCUGUAAAACCAUAAUGAUUCCAACCCCAAGGACACCGACUCCUUUCAAAAAUGCUUUGGCUGCUCAAGAGAAAAUGCACGGGCCCCUAAAGAUGGAGCCGCAGCCUUUAGCAUUUCUAGAAGAGGAUAUUCGAGAAGUUCUGAAGCAGGAGACCGGAGCAGACAUCUUUAACAGAGCAGACCACCAGCCAGACUACAGAGCAUGGAAACAUAAUAUCGAUGGCCCAGCUAGAAAAGUGCGUAAGUCCCUUGUGCUAGACCCUUGGGGUAAAGACUGCCUCAACACCCAACUCUUCCAGGAGCAGCGCAACAACACAGAAAAGCAGGAGGAAAGUCUUCUGACGAGCUCCUCGCUGGUCACCUCGACCCCUGAGCAGGAGGAGUGCAGUCGCCCUUUGACUCCUGCACGAGAGGAGCCGUCACUCGUUCCCGUGCAUCCCCAUCGCUUUACGAGCCUGCGGGUGAAGAAGCUCCCCUCCUCCCACAAAGCACCAAAACACACAGCUGUUCAGGUGAGUGAGUGGGAAGCAGUGGUUUAUGGGAAGACAGAGGACCAGCUGAUUAUGACGGAACAGGCCCGUCAGUACCUGAACCCUUACCCGUCCUCUGGCUCUACCUCAAGGACCCUUGUGCUUUAA